AUGUUUAAUCCUUAUUCUUCUAAUGGAGGGACUGUUAUGGGAAUUGCCGGAAGUGACUUCUCCCUCAUAGCUUCUGACACUCGUCUAUGCGAUGGUGAUUUUGUUAUUCUCUCUAGGAACUCUCCUCGAUUGUUCAAAUUAGGUCCUGGUAAUAUCCUAGGGUGCGCUGGAUUUCACGGAGAUGUUUUAACAUUGACGAAAUUACUAGAAAAUAAAGUGAAAACGUUUCGUUAUGACCAUGGAAAGAACAUUUCGACAAAUGCACUAGCUGGCCUCUUGUCUGUAACUCUUUAUAACAGACGGUUCUUCCCAUUUUAUGUAAGCAAUGUACUAGUUGGUCUAGCUGAAGGCCGUGGUGUGCUAUACAGUUAUGAUCCUGUAGGAUCAUAUGAAUCUGAGGGGUACCGCGCCUCUGGCAGUUCUUCGGCAAUUCUGCAACCAUUUCUGGAUAGCACGGUUGGGAAUAAGACCUCGAAAUAUCACGUGUCACGUUUGGACAGGGAAACGGCUGUUAAACUUACUCAUGAUAUAUUUAUCAGCGCUGCAGAAAGAGACAUACAGUGUGGUGACAGUGUUAUCAUCUACACAAUCACAAAAGAUGGGAUGAGUGAAGUCUCUUAUCCACUGAGACGCGAUUGA